AUGUUGCAGAAAGCUUCAAAGCAUGUUCCCCUGAUGGCUAUCCUGAAAAUGAUUCCUUUUUUGUUGGCCAAAUUUCUUAUUAAGACGGGCAUCAUCCAUUGGAUCUCCACAAUAUUUAAGGAUGCAAGCACAAAUGUUAUUCAGGUUGUUAAUAAGCUGACAGAAAACAAAGAUCUAAGAGUUGUCUUCUGCUACAUGUUCACCGGUGUCCCUCCCAAAGAAUCCAGCUUUGUUAUGAAUGCACUGUUGGUACAUCACUAUAAGCGUGGAGCUUGGUAUCCCAAAGGAGGUGCCAGCGAGAUUGCCUUCCAUUGUAUCCCAGUUAUCCAGAGGACAGGUGGGGCUGUUCUUAUGCGCGCCCGUGUGCAGCAGAUUUUAAUUAGCAAAAAUGGAGAGGCCUGUGGUGUGACUGUCAAAAAAGGGCAAGAGAAAAUAAAUAUUUAUGCCCCCUCGGUGAUCUCUGAUGCUGGAAUUUACAACACUUAUGAAUGUCUUUUACCAAAGGAAAUCCAAGCCAAACCCGACAUCCAGUCACAGCUUAGCAUGGUGCGUCAUAGCAUGGGAUCGUUCCUUGUGUUCGUCGGUCUCAAAGGUACAAAAGAAGAGUUAGGGUUGAGAGCAACCAAUUAUUGGAUUUAUCAAAACAACAACAUGGAUGAGCUAAUGUGUCACACCAUGCCUGCAAGCAAGGAGGAGUUUGUCAAAACUAUUCCGAUGUUAUUUGUUACUUUUCCAUCAGCCAAGGAUAUCACCUGGAAGGAACGAUACCCAGGAAAUUCGUGUAUGACAAUUCUGACCAUGGCUCGCUACGAGUGGUUCGAGGAAUGGAAAGAUGAAAAAGUAAAGAGUCGAGGGGCGGACUACGAGACGUGGAAGAUGGACAUUGCCAGGAAACUAUUGGACCGGGCCAUAGAUUUGUUUCCACAGCUGAAGGAUAAGGUAUCAUUAAUACCGUGGUUCUUCUAG